AUGGCAACGAAGCAGAGCGAGGAUGACGAUUCAUACUUCGGACGGCAGGCCGACAAGUCAAUGGACGCGGAGAUGCCACAUAUGCCGCCCGCGAAACGGACGCGCACAGCACCCGUAGAAGACGUACCACGACUACAAGGACUGUCACGGAGGAGCACACUUCUGGAAGGUAUAAGGGGGAGAGCAACAGGAGGCGCAAGACCGAUAUAUGACAGUCGAAGUUCAUACUCGUAUGCUUUCGACCCGCAGCCGUCUGACACUGAUUCGAGCUCGGAUGAAGAGGGUGCAGACCACAAGGAGGAGAACAAGACAGCUUUAGGGCAUGAUGCUCAACCGCCCAAGCGCGCGACAACGGAGGACUCGACGAUGAAAGCGAAGAGCGGGAAGCGUCAUGCAUACUCUCGAUUCUUGGUUGGCAACGAGCAUUUUAGAAGCAAAGGCAGGAUCAGUAAGCGAGAUGGUAGGCUUAAUAUCUCGGUCAACGAGACUUCGAGUAGUGGCUAUAUUGCAAAGGCCCUCGGACAGAGCUUAAAACAACAUCUCGAUGUGCCAAAGCGUAACAAGCGCAAUGAGCAUCGCAAUCGGGAGCGGCGAGACGUCAGAGUGGAUGUAGAAGCGCAAUCUGUCGCAGAGUCGCUUCGAACGACACCGGACCGGCCAAAGCUCAACAUCGUGAUCAUGGUGAUCGGGAGCCGAGGAGAUAUCCAGCCUUUCUUGCGACUUGGCAAGAUAUUGAAAGAACAGUACGGCCAUCGCGUACGUGUGGCGAGUCACCCGACCUUUCGCGAUUUUGUGCAGAAGGAGAAUGGUCUGGAUUUCUUCAGCGUGGGUGGCGAUCCAGCUGAGCUCAUGGCGUUUAUGGUGAAGAAUCCUGGACUGGUGCCGAAUUUGCAGACUAUCCGUGAGAACGAGAUCCAGCGAAGACGAAAGUCUAUGGCUGUAAUGUUCGAUGGCUUCUGGCGUGCUUGUAUCAACACGACGGAUGAUGAACAAGCUCAGGAGAACCUCAAGAUGAUGGGUGACAAGCCGCCAUUCGUGGCAGAUGCCAUUAUUGCGAAUCCACCUUCAAUGGCGCAUGUGCAUAUCGCAGAGAAACUUGGCAUACCCUUGCAUAUGAUGUUCACCUUUCCUUAUACCCCGACCCAGCAGUUUCCACACCCUUUGGCGAGCAUACGGCCCCAGAAGAGCAAUGUGGAUGCAAGUUAUGUCAAUUUCAUGAGCUUCGGUUUGGUCGAGAUGAUGACUUGGCAAGGGUUGGGUGAUAUUGUGAACCGCUUUCGAGAACGAACGCUGGGACUGGAACCGGUAUCUUCUUUAUGGGCGCCAGGCGCGCUUUACAGGAUGAAGGUGCCAUAUACUUACCUUUGGAGUCCAUCGUUGAUACCCAAACCCAAGGACUGGGGUCCAGAGAUCGAUAUUGCGGGUUUCGUGUUUCUGGACCUUGCUAGCAACUUCAAGCCUCCAAAGGAUUUGCACGACUUUCUUAAUGCUGGCGAGCCGCCUAUCUACGUAGGCUUUGGUUCGAUCGUAGUCGACGAUCCGAACGCGCUCACUGAGAUGAUCUUCAAAGCCACUAAGCAGGCUGGCAUACGUGCUCUGGUGAAUAAGGGCUGGGGUGGCUUCGGUACAUCGAACGAGGACACGCCAGACCAUAUCUUCAUGCUUGAGAAUACACCUCAUGAUUGGCUCUUUCCAAAAGUGAAGGCUGUCGUACACCAUGGUGGCGCAGGCACAACUGCCAUCGGUCUCAAGUGUGCAAAGCCAACUAUGAUCGUGCCAUUCUUCGGCGAUCAACAAUUUUGGGGCGCGAUGGUGUCGUCCGCCAAAGCGGGAGCGCACGAAUGCACGCCAUAUAAGAACUUGACUGUCGAGAAGUUUACGGAAGGCAUCAAGCAUAUUGCAGCCGAGGGUGACGGUGCGGAGAAUGCUGUGAAGAGCUUUCAUCGGAGUCUACGUUUGGCUGGACGACAGAACAUGCGAUGUUCGCUUUUGGAAGACAGGGUGGCAGUGUGGCAACUUCGAAAGUCUGCUUUGCGACUCUCACCACUCGCUGCUGAGCUCCUGCACGAAACAGGCAAGAUCAAGUGGUCGGACCUCAAACUUCUGCGUCACUACGAGUGGAACGACUUCGAUGGUCCGGGCGAGCCCAUCACGGGUAGUGUUGCUGCGGUCAAAGACAGCUUGUACGAUAUGGGUGCUGGCGUGGGUAUGGUUCCAGUCAGAAUUGCCAAGCACAUUCAAAAGCACGAGCAAGCUGUACGGAAACGAAAGAUGCGAGAGGAACGCAAACGGCAAAAGGCUCUGGAGAGAGCAGAACGGGCUGAUGAACAAGCAACUGAUGGUUCAGACCGACCACAAUUGGGCCGGAACGAGACACAGGAUACGCAAGGCUCGUUAGCGGCCACACCAAGCGCAGUAGAACCCUUGGCUCAUGAGAUAGCUGCUGACUUCGGCUCUGGCUUGAAGAGAGCUGGUGGAGCUUUACUGACUAUGCCCAAUGACCUGCACAUCGCCAUUGCUCAAGGCUUCCAUAACGCACCACGACUCUGGGGCGACGCUACCGUUCGCAAGCCCGUACGCAUUACAGGCUUCAGAUCAGGUUGCGUAGCUGCUCGAAGGGAAUUCACGUACGGCGUUUACGAUGGCUGGAGCGGUCUUGUGACACAGCCUAUGGGAGAGUGGAGGGAUGGCGCUACAAUGCCUGGCAAGUGUAUGGGUCUGGGUCUCGGCUUUGCAAAGGGUAUUGGCGGGUUUGUGCUCAAGAAUCUCAAUGCUGUGGUUGCGCCUCCUGCGUAUGUCGGCAAAGGCGUGAUUAAGUAUGUUGAAAAGAAGGCUGAAGGGCCGGGUAGUAAGGUCUUCAUUCGUCGGGCACAGAUCUUGCGCGGUCAACUUGAUCUUAACGAGCUACAAGCGGAGGAAAGCAAGACCGACGAGAGUGAGAAAAGUCCUUUGUACGUGGUCAGAGAUCAAGUAUCGGAGGGCUACAACGUUUAUGAAGAGAUCUGGAACGAGGCCAAUUCACUAAGCCGCUACGAAUUUCGCAAAGAGUACAAAGACUGGGACGUCAAUGGAGCGCUCGAGAAUGCUAAUACUGCAAGUCGUGCACUCAAGGCAAGACGGAAGGGUCAAGACCUCAAUCAGCUAUGGGCAAAGCGAAGACAGGAAAUGCAGGAAGCUGAGCAGCCACGAGCAUCUGCUAUGCACCAGCCGCAGCGACCUGACGAGGAUCACGGAGUUCUGGCUAAUGGUCGUAAGACUGAUGGAGAUGACACUAGGCAGCCUUCAUUGGGUGCCACGAUGUCGACCGGGCAGCCUGAGCAUUAUUUGGCGAGCACUCAGCAGGCGGGCACGGGACAUACGAACGCGGAUAUGGAUGAGCACGACAGUGAGUGCACUAUGAUUGGAGAAGAGGAGGAGUCGAAGACCCAUGUUGAUUCUAGCCGAGAUCAGGUUCUGGGCGGCAAGAUCGAGGCUACGGACAUGGCUCUUCCAAUCGAGAGCAAUCGAAGAGAGUGCUAA